AAUCACUGUAACUUUAACUACUAAAGCCGGAGUUGAAUGAUUUUCAUUUUUCAUAUUUGGUUGUCUUGAUUUAAUGGUAACAAAAACUUUUAAGAUUCAAUAAAAGAUCACAUUGUAAUGGCUUCAGAACGUUAUAGUUUCUCCUUAACCACCUUUAGUCCUUCUGGUAAACUAGUCCAGAUUGAAUAUGCUCUGGCAGCUGUUGCGGCUGGAGCUCCUUCUGUUGGCAUAAAAGCUUCAAAUGGUGUUGUCUUAGCAACUGAAAAAAAUUACAAAUCAGUUCUGUAUGAAGAACAUAGUAUACACAAAGUUGAAAUGGUUACAAACCACAUUGGAAUGAUUUACAGCGGCAUGGGACCUGAUUACAGAUUAUUAGUUAGACGAGCUCGUAAAUUAGCUCAACAGUAUUAUUUGAGGUAUGGAGAGCCUAUUCCAACCAGUCAGCUAGUUCAAAGAGUUGCCUAUAUUAUGCAAGAAUAUACUCAAUCGGGUGGUGUGAGGCCUUUUGGGGUUUCUCUUUUGAUUUGUGGAUGGGAUAGCGACAGACCAUACCUGUUUCAAUGUGAUCCCUCUGGUGCCUAUUUUGCUUGGAAAGCCACUGCAAUGGGAAAGAAUCAUGUGAAUGGAAAAGCCUUUCUUGAGAAAAGAUAUAAUGAAGAAUUAGAGUUAGAAGAUGCUAUUCACACUGCUAUAUUGACACUUAAAGAAGGUUUCGAAGGACAGAUGACUGCUGACAACAUUGAGAUUGGCAUUUGUAAUAAAAGCGGUUUUAAGCGCCUCGCUCCUUCAGAAGUGAAGGAUUACUUAACACAGCUAUAAAUUAAUGUAUUUUUGUUGAUGUUCUAUGCUUAACUCUUUCUAAUAAAUAAUUUUUUUUUAGUA